AUGGCCGUCCCGGAUUCCAUAGAGUCGGAAUGCGAUGUUCUCAUUAUCGGUGCUGGUCCCGCGGGUUUGAUGCUUGCGGCAUGGAUGGCCAGAUGCGGCAUCAACGCUCGCAUAGUCGACAAGCGCGGUACCAAGAUCUACAACGGACAGGCCGACGGGCUGCAGCUGCGCAGUCUGGAGAUUUUUGAUAGCUUUGGCUUCGCCGACCGUGUGUGGAAGGAGGCGAACCAUCUGCUCGAGUUUUGCAUGUGGAACCCGGGUGAAGAUGGCUUGAUUCGUCGCUCCGACCGGGUGCCAGAUGUAGCGCCAGGCCUGUCACGCUUCACCGAGAUCGUCCUCCACCAGGGUCGCAUCGAGCGCUUCUUCCUUGACCACAUCAAGAAGCACUCCAAGGACAGCUUGCGCGUGGAGCGCGGCGUGCUACCCGAGGCGCUGGAAAUCGACCAAGACCGGAUCCACGACCAUUCAGCGGGCAACUACCCCAUUACCGUGCAGCUGCGCUAUUUGAGCGAGGAAGAGGCCAUGCCUGUUCAGAGCAAGGGGUCUGCCGUCAACGAUGGACUGUUUCGGAGCAACCUGGCCGAAGACGACACGGAAGAUUUGAUCGCAAACAGCAGAAGGAACCAAGGCAGCACCGAGACGGUCAGGGCAAAGUAUGUUGUAGGCUGCGAUGGCGCUCACAGCUGGACGCGAAAGCAGCUGGGCUUCCAGCUCGAGGGCGAGCCAACCGACCACAUCUGGGGAGUCUUGGACAUUAUCCCCAUCACGGACUUUCCAGACAUCCGGAAGCGCUGUGCUAUACACAGCGCGGAUGCUGGCUCCAUGAUGGUGAUUCCGCGCGAGAAGAAGCUCACUCGUCUCUACAUUCAGCUUACAGAAAUCAAGCCAGACGCCAGCGGCCGAGCAGACCGAUCGAAGAUUACACCCGACACUAUUCUCAAAGCGGCAAAGAAGAUCCUUGCGCCAUACAGUCUGUCAUACGAAUACUGCGACUGGUGGACUGCGUACCAGAUUGGCCAGCGCGUGGGCACCAACUUUGACAAGGAUAGCCGAGUGUUUCUGGCUGGCGAUGCCGUGCACACGCACUCGCCCAAGGCUGGACAGGGCAUGAAUGUGUCGAUGCAGGAUUCGUACAACCUCGGGUGGAAGCUGGGCCUGGUAAUCAAGGGCAUUGCGGAGCCGAGCAUACUCAAGACAUACCAGUCGGAACGGCGGCGAAUUGCAAAGGACCUCAUUGCGUUUGACCACAAGUUCUCGAGGCUGUUCUCGGGCCGCCCGGCCAAGGACCUCAUGGAUGAAGAGGGAGUCAACAUGGAAGAGUUCAAGCAGGCAUUCGUGAAGGGCAAUCUGUUUGCUUCUGGCCUGUCGGUCGACUACGGCACGAGCAUGCUAGUGGGCAAGCCGGGCGACGCAGUGGAACAGGGCGAUGGAACCGAUGUGUCGUCCAAGACACAGGUUGUCGGCAAGCAAGAAUUGGCGACUGGGCUCAAGCUGGGCAUGCGGUUCCCUAGCCACCAAGUCAUCAACCAGUCUGACGCGCGCGUGUGGGAGUUCCAGCAAAAGCUGAAGAGCGACGGGCGAUUCCGCAUUGUGGUAUUUGCUGGUAACGUGGCCAGCCCACAACAAAACGCCCGUCUCAAGGCCUUCUGCCAGCGCCUGUCGUCGUCGUCGCUCCUGGCUCCACACCUCGUCAAGACCAUUGACGUGCUCACGCUGCACUCUUCGAAGCGCAUCGACGUGGAGCUGCUGACAGACUUCCCGGAUGUGCUGCACCCGUUCGACUCCAAGACGGGCUGGGACUACGACUCGGUCUACGCCGACGACGGCAACUACUACACGCCGGGUGCAGAUGCGUACAACAAGUACGGCGUGGACCGGGAAACAGGCUGUGUCGUCGUAGCACGGCCAGACCAGUAUGUAGGCUACAUUGACACGCUCGACGAGGCGGGCGUGCAGGGGGUGGAGGCGUACUUUGCGGGAAUUCUGAGGACAUAG